GGUACCGGCGUCCCGCCAUGGCUCUGUGGCGCGUCUUGCCGGCGCUGCGCCCCUACAUUCCCCGCUUCGCCCCGCUGUCCACGGCGCCAGCCGCCAGCAAGCAGCCCGUCGCGGGCCCGGGGGCUGUGCCAGGACGUGGGUCAGCCAAGGCAGUGCGGCCGCUGGUGCCCGCUGUGGACUUUGGCAACGCGCAGGAGGCUUACCGGAGCCGGCGAACCUGGGAGCUGGCGCGCAGCCUGCUGGUGCUGCGCUUGUGCGCCUGGCCUGCGCUGCUGGCGCGCCACGAGCAGGUGCGCGGGGUGCAGGCGGAGGCGCGGGGCUUCUGCCUGUCCCGGGAGCCUUUACGGAGCUUCCUGCCUCUGGGGGCCAAAGAUUGGGGGAGCAGGGCUCCAGGGCUAGAGAAGCCAGAGGUCACUAAGGCCCAGUGUCCUUCAGUGUUAGAAACACCCGACCCUGCACAGCCCGAUGCUGGCCCCAGCAGCCCUCCGUUGCGGCAGCGGGUCCCAGCCUAUGGUGCUGGUGGCACAGGGGAGGAAACCAAGGCAGGGAGCCUGUGGGGGCUGCUCGGCAGGGGACAGGCAGCUCCUGUGCCCACUGCUGUCCCACACCUGCAUGGAAACACAAACCCCGCCACGGAGCCCCCUCCCAUCUCCACAGGGCCUCCAGAGCGCCAUGUGCGAGGACUUCAUGGGCAGGGUGGGGUGGGGUCCGGAGCCUGCUGUGGGCUGGCCAGGCAUGGACAGGACACCAAGCUGGAGGUGGCGGUGCUGCAGGAAAGUGUUGCAAAAAUGGGCAUCGCAUCCAGGGCUGAGAUUGAGGACUGGUUUACAGCGGAGACCCCGGGAGUGUCUGGCACCGUGGACCUGCUGGACUGGAGCAGCCUCAUCGACAGCAGGACCAAGCUCUCCAAGCACCUGGUGGUCCCCAACACACAGGUAACACCUCCGCUCCUCAGUGAGGCCCAGCUCAGCAGGCCUGGGCCUCAGGGUGGCACUUUCCAGCCCUCGCUGUGGCCUGACCACGUGCUGCACCCCCAACAGCUGGAGCCCCUGCUGUCCCGGUUCGCUGAGGAGGAGGAGCUACAGAUGACGAGGAUGCUACAGCGGAUGGAUGUCCUGGCCAAGAAAGCCACAGAGAUGAGCGUGCGGCUGAUGGUGGAUGCCGAGCAGACCUACUUCCAGCCGGCCAUCAGCCGCCUGACGCUGGAGAUGCAGCGCAAGUUCAAUGUGGAGAAGCCGCUCAUCUUCAACACAUACCAGUGCUACCUCAAGGAUGCCUAUGACAAUGUGACCCAGGAUGUGGAGCUGGCUCACCGUGAGGGCUGGUGUUUUGGGGCCAAGCUGGUGCGGGGCGCAUACCUGGCCCAGGAGCGAGCCCGUGUGGCAGAGAUUGGCUAUGAGGACCCCCUCAACCCCACGUAUGAGGCCACCAACGCCAUGUACCACAGGUGCCUGGACUACGUGCUGGAGGAGCUGAAGCACAACGCCAAGGCCAAGGUGAUGGUGGCCUCCCACAAUGAGGACACAGUGCGCUUCGCACUGUGCAGGAUGGAGGAGCUGCGCCUGCAUCCUACGUACUUUGGACAGCUGCUAGGCAUGUGUGACCAGGUCAGCUUCCCGCUAGGCCAGGACGGCUACCCUGUGUACAAGUACGGGGCUGUGGUGCUGCUGUACGUGUCCCGCCGUGCCCUGGAGAACAGCAGCCUCAUGAAGGGCGCCCAUCAGGAGCGGCAGCUGCUGUGGCUGGAGCUCUUGAGGCAGCUCCGAACUGGCAGCCUCUUCCAUUGCCCCGCCUAGCACCCGCCAGCCCACCCUCAGCCUCCAGCACCCCCCACCCCCACCCAGGCCAUCACCACAGCUGCAGCCAACCCCAUCCUCACACAGAUUCACUUUUUCACCCCACACUUGCAGAGCUGCUGGAGGUGGGGUCAGGUGCCUCCCAGCCCUGCCAAUGGUGGGGGCACUCAGGUGUGGGCCGAACCUGAUACCUGCCUGGAACAGCUGCUGAGAACUGUUGGGAACUCUCCUCGGAUGUGUGGGCCCAAGGCCCCCACCUUUGUAACCCCCAUGUCCUUGGACCUAGAGGAUUGUCCGCUUUCUGCCAGGGCCAGCCCACACAGCCCGAGCCCCUCGGGGAGCAGUGGCCGGGCUGGGGAGGCCUGCCUGGUCAAUAAACCACUGUUCCUGCA